CCUGAAGAAAAAAGCAAAAAUCCCCCGCCGCGCGGACGUAGGCCGGCAGGGUGGGCUGCGCCCGGACGUCACGUCACCGCCCCCGGCUAUAAAAUCCGGCGAAACGGACCAGACAACGGUGGCAACACUCCACACUCAACCAAAACCAAGCAGCCAACACUCGCCUAUCCAUCAACCAGAAAAAGGCAGUAACAACACUCCUUUCAGUUAAUUUCCGGCCAUGGCUUCGGCGCCCGUGGAGUUCCUGAGCUCGACGAGGGAGGGCGGGCUGGGCGGGGAGGCGCUCUACUGCGCGGUGAUCCUGUGGCUGUCCGUCAUGUCGUGGAUCAUCUUCACGUGCGUCGGCGACGGCGGCGACCGCGGCAGGAGGGGCCGCCGGGGCACCAAGGUGUUCGUCGGCACGCAGGGGCUCUGCGACGGCACGGGGCCCCACUGCAGCGGCGGCUACGGGCUCUGCGGCUCCUGCGUCGACUAGCUAUAGUCACUCCGCCCGCCGUCUCUCCCGCCCGUACCUGCGUUGAUUUCGUGUCUGCGUCGCGUGUAAGCAGAUGAACAUAUAUUGGUAGUAGUAUGAUGCGAGGAAACUUGUAGCCUGUGUAUAGUUUUAGGAGAUGAUGUUGAGAUAGCUCGAUCCCCUUUGUGAAGACAAUAAGAGGGAGGGAGUCUUCAGUUCCGAAAGAAAAAAAGAGAGCCUUUGUUCCAAUCCUGGUUAAUUUGGCUGCAAGAAUUAAGCUUCUUGUUGUUUUUUCUCUUUUCUCAUGUGUAAAUUGCACAAAUAUCUUCCUUUUUUCCCC